GACAUUUGUUGACAACGUCAUAAUUUGCGGUAUCAACACGACAUGUCAGUAUUCCAAUAAAGUGGAGUAGAAUAUUUUGAAUAUUAUAGGUUUUAUAACAUAAAUAGCUAAGUUUUACACUACAAUUUAAAUUAUUUACUUGAUAAUAUUUUAACGAUAGAUUAAACAUAAAUAAAUGUAACGAAAUUAAAAUAAAAUGGCUGAUUUUGUCAAAGGUCUACUAUUAUCGAUUUUAUCGCAAAAAUGCUACGACGAAUAUUUUCUUAAUUACAACUUUCUUGAUGUACCAUGUUUUAAAAGCACUUUAAGCAAAGCUCUUGGGAUUGGCAUUAUAGCUGGAUCGAUAUUGGUAAAAGUACCUCAAAUUUUGAAAAUAUUGGGUAGUAAAAGUGCUGAAGGCAUUAAUGUUUAUGGAGUUUAUUUAGAACUCUUUGCUAUUACUGCAAAUUUUUCAUACAGUUAUGUUAUGAACUUUCCAUUCAGUGCAUGGGGUGAAGGAACAUUCCUCGCAAUACAAACAGCAAUCAUAGCUGCCCUUGUGUUACAUUAUGGAGGGAACUCUUUGAAGGCUGCAACAUUUUUAGCUGUUUAUGUAGGACUUGUUUCAACACUUGUCAGUGGUUACACUCCAAAGGAUGUGUUAUGGUCUAUGCAAGCCAUUAAUGUACCAAUCAUUGUCAUUGCAAAGGCUAUACAAAUAAUAACAAAUUAUAAGAAUGGUAGCACAGGACAGUUAUCGGCAGUAACUUGUGCAUUGCUGUUUGGUGGAAGCAUUGCUAGAAUAUUCACUUCAAUACAAGAGACUGGUGACUCCAUCAUCAUCCUUACAUACUGUGUGUCGACUGCCACCAAUGCAGCAUUGGUACUGCAGCUCUUCUGGUACUGGAAUGUUAAGACAACAACUACGAAGAACAAGAAAAAAAAGAAGCGCACAUAAAACUCAAAGAAUUAGAUGUUUUUUAUUAGUAUGGUGAUUGAUUAUUUAGAUAUUUUAAAUUAUUUUUAUACCUACUUAUGGAGGGACUGGCAAUUUUGUGUAGUACAGUAUAAUGGAAAAGUGGAAACCAAACUACAAACAUUAACAAAUCACUGUUUUUUCUGAAAAGUAAAAUCGUAGUAAAUAGUUUAUUUAAAAAGAAAAAAAUCAUUAAAUAACAUGGUAAUGCUAUUUGUAGUUUCCUGUUUGUUCAGUCAAUUUUACAGUAAGAAACAAUAUUGUUACUAAGGAGUUUUGGGUCUUGAAAACGCUGUUUUAGGUGGAUUUUACUGUAAAUUACUAGUGCCUUAACAUGUCAAUUGACUGUUGGCAUUAACAGAUUGUUUGCUGUCAUCCAUAUUACAAUAAAGUAGAGUUAAAAUUGUACACCAGUUAGAAUAAUAUUAAGUACAGACUGAAAACAAUUGUUGUAACAGUUUACUUGGCACUGUUUUCCUUUAUUUUAUCAAUAAAUUUUUUAAUAGAAUA